AUGACGAUCGACGUGUCCAUGCCCGGGAGCUCCGGGCUCCUGAACGCUGCGGGGAAGAGGGGCAUGAAGUUCUUCAACAACCCCUACGUGCUUGCGCUCACGGGCGCUGCAGGAAUCGGUGGAUUCCUCUUUGGCUACGACACAGGUGUCAUAUCUGGAGCCCUUCUGUAUAUCCGCGAUGAUUUUCCAGCGGUCAGGGACAAUGACUUCUUACAGGAAACGAUUGUUAGCAUGGCCUUAGUCGGAGCUGUGCUUGGAGCUGCUGGGGGUGGUUGGAUCAAUGAUGCGUACGGUCGCAAGAAGUCUACUCUUCUUGCUGAUAUGAUGUUUGCUCUUGGCUCACUUGUCAUGUGCGCUGCUUCUGGUCCUUACAUUAUAAUUGUCGGAAGGCUCCUUGUUGGUUUGGGUGUGGGUGUUGCAUCAGUCACGGCACCGGUGUACAUUGCUGAAGCUGCUCCUUCAGAAAUCAGGGGAGGUUUGGUGUCAACUAAUGCACUCAUGAUUACCGGAGGCCAAUUCUUCUCCUAUCUUAUCAAUCUCGGCUUUACUGAGGUUCCUGGAACAUGGCGCUGGAUGCUUGGUGUUGCUGCUGUCCCUGCCAUUGUACAGUUUGUGCUGAUGCUUUUUCUGCCAGAAUCUCCCCGUUGGCUUUACUGGAAGGAUGAGAAGGCAAAAGCUAUUGCUGUCCUCGAGAAGAUCUACGACUCUGAUCGUUUGGAGGAAGAGGUAGAGCUGCUUGCUUCAUCCUCCAUGCAUGAAUUCCAGUCCAACAAUACUGGAAGCUAUUUGGAUGUCUUCAAGUCGAAAGAAUUGAGGCUAGCUUUCUUUGCUGGGGCUGGUCUUCAGGCCUUCCAGCAAUUUACUGGGAUCAACACCGUCAUGUAUUACAGUCCCACAAUAGUUCAGAUGGCCGGUUUCUCUUCCAACAGGCUGGCCUUGCUUCUUUCCCUCAUCGUCGCUGCCAUGAAUGCCGCUGGAACCAUUGUUGGAAUCUACCUAAUCGACCGUUGCGGUCGCCGCCGCCUGGCCCUUACAAGCUUGUCUGGGGUCGUGAUCUCCCUUGUCAUCCUUGCCUUGGCCUUUAUACUGCAGUCAUCAUCCGGCCUCUGCACGAGUGUCGCUAAUGGUACAUGCCAAGGUGCGCUAGGCUGGUUCGCGGUGGCAGGCCUUGCUCUGUACAUCGCCUUCUUCUCUCCAGGCAUGGGGCCUGUCCCGUGGGCUGUGAACUCGGAAAUCUACCCUGAGGCAUACCGUGGAAUGUGCGGUGGCAUGUCGGCCACUGUCAACUGGAUCUCUAACCUCAUCGUGGCACAGACGUUCCUGCCGAUCAUGGGGCUGGUCGGGACUGGCCCGACCUUCCUGAUCAUUGCCGGGAUCGCGGUGCUGGCCUUCAUCUUCGUGGCCAUGUAUGUGCCGGAGACGAAGGGCUUGAGCUUUGAUCAGGUGGAGCAGAUGUGGAAGGAGAGAGCAUGGGGGAACAGUGGCAACUGCCAGAGCCUUUUGGGUGCUGCUGCGCCAUAG